CGACCAAAUCGAGCAAUCCGGAUAGGCUGGAGGUGUCCGGAUCGGGGAUAGUGUCCAGCAAACAGGCCCAACAGACCAGACAGAACAAACAGGGGAAUCCCGAGAUGACGUGAUCGCCGAGACCGGCAAUUGGCUUACAGUUCAAUCCAAUCAAGUUGACUUUCAGGUACCAUACAAUUUCACUGAAUAUCUUCUUUUUUAUCCUCAUCCUCAUCCUCUCUCCUCUCCUCCAUUCUCCCUCCCCCCCCUCACCCUCACCAUCGGUGACAUCCGCAACACAAUGUUUCGCAGCAGCGUCACCCGCGCCGCCCGCGCAGCCAACAUCCAGCCCCCCGUCGCCUCCCUCCGCACCUUCGCCACCGCCGCUUCGCCCUCCUCCUCCCCCUCCCCCUCCGCCACCAACCCCGUCACUCCCGCCUCCACGCGCAACCACAAGAUCCUUGUCAUCGGCGGCGGCACUGCCGGCCUGAACGUGAGCCACCAGCUGCUGCACACCGGCCAAUACACCCAGGACGACAUCGCGAUCAUCGACCCCGCCGAAUGGCACCACUACCAAGCGGGCUGGACCCUGGUGGGCGGCGGCGUGAAGACCAAGGAGGAGCUGCGGCGGCCGCUGCCGGGGCUGGUGGACGCGAAGCUCAAGCUGUACGGGCAGGCGGUUGACGGCUUCACGCCCGACCAGAACACGGUGACGCUGGCCAACGGCGACCGGCUCGGGUACGAGCAGCUGAUCGUCGUGCCGGGCAUCCACGUCAACUUCAACAGCAUCAAGGGCUUGCCGGAGGCGCUGGCGGACCCCAACAGCCUCGUCUCGUCGAUCUACGGAUAUGAGCACGUCGACAAGGUCUAUCGCACCCUGAACAAGCUGAAGCGCGGCAAGGCGCUGUUCACCCAGCCCGCCGGCGUGCUCAAGUGCGCCGGCGCCCCGCAGAAGAUCAUGUGGCUGGCCCUCGACCACUGGAAGCAGGCCGGCCUCUACGACCCCGCCAACCCCGCCCAGUCCGCCAUCCAGAUCAGCUUCGCCACCGGCCUGCCGGGCAUGUUCGGCGUGCCCAAGUACAGUGCCGCGCUGGAGGCGCUGCGCCAGGAGCGCGGCGUCGAGGGCUUGUUCCAGCACGACCUGGUGGCCGUCGAGGGCAACACGGCCACCUUCGCCAAGGGCGACGGGUCCGGGGGCCAGGUGCAGCGCGAGUUCGAUCUGCUGCACGUCGUCCCCAAGAUGGGCCCCCACGCGUUCGUGAAGAACUCGCCCCUGGCCGACGCGGCGGGAUUCGUGGACGUGGACAACGCCACCACCCAGCACAAGAAGUUCAAGAACGUGUGGUCGAUUGGUGACGCCUCCAGUCUGCCCACCUCCAAGACGACGGCAGCCAUCACGGCGGAGGCGCCCGUCCUGGUGCGCAACCUGCUGCGCGCAGCCGAGGGCAAGGCGCCCGACGCGGAGUACGACGGCUACACCUCGUGUCCGCUGACGACCGAGUACGGCAAGGUGCUGUUGGCCGAGUUCAAGUACGCAGGCGUGCCCAAGGAGACGUUCGGGGGCUGGUUCGGCAUCGACCAGGCCGUGCCGCGCAAGGCGUUCUGGCAGCUCAAGAAGAACUUCUUCCCCUGGGUGUAUUACAACAACCUGGUGAACGGGACGUGGGGCGGUCCCAAGGGGUGGUUGCGGUAGAUGUGGGGGUGUGUAUAGAAGUGUGAUACUAGCCAGUAGGGAGAAAAUGUAAUGUACAUUCUUGGUUGAGUGAGUUGUAAUUCAC